AUGGCAGACAAGGAUAGCGUGGAGAAAUACCUGGAGAACAACCCGCAGUUCGCCAAAGAGUACUUCGAUAAGAAGUUACGCGCCGAAGCCUUGGCCGCCGCCUUUUCGGCACCUGUCGAUGUCAAAGACACCGCGUCUUUCAAGGAUAUUAACUCCGUGCAAGAGGCCGCCAUCAUCUUCGAGAUGGUCCAGGAGAUGCAAAAACAGGGAGAUGUGGAGAAGUCCCUUCACAAGGUGUUCCAGAGAAUUGCCCUAAUCUUACAGGCCGACAGGGUCAGUUAUUACCUGUGCAGGUCCAGAAACGGAAUACCUGAGCUCGCCACAUGCCUCUUUGACGUGACUCCAACAUCCAAAUACGAUGCAAACAUCGUCCAUCCGCAGACUGAAAUUGUGUUCCCUCUGGACAUGGGUAUUGUCGGCCACACCGCGCAGUCCAAAAAGCCCCAAAAUGUCCCUGACGUCUCAAAGAAUCCAAAGUUCAGUGACUUUGUGGACAAACAGACUGGAUACAAGACAAAAUGCAUGCUCACUUUCCCUCUGAUAGCUGAAAAAGAAUGCCUCGGAGUCGUUAUGGUACUAAACAAAAUAGGAGCUGAUGCCUUCUCUGCAGAGGAUGAGGCUCUCUUCCACAAGUACAUGACCUUUGCUCAAGUCAUCGCCCUGCAGCAUUACACAGCCUACAUGUUCAAUGUGGAGUCCAGGAGGAGCCAGGUGCUGCUCUGGUCAGCCAGUAAAGUGUUUGAGGAGUUGACAGAUAUUGAGAGACAGUUCCACAAAGCACUCUACACUGUAAGGACCUAUCUACAAUGUGAACGAUACUCAGUGGGCCUGUUGGACAUGACCAAAGAGAAGGAAUUCUAUGAUGAAUGGCCGGUGAAACUGGGAGAUGUGGAACCCUAUAAAGGACCGAAAACACCAGACGGCAGGGAAGUCAUCUUUUACAAGAUCAUUGACUACCUCCUCGAAGGCAAAGAAGAAAUCAAAGUCAUACCUGGUCCACCUGCAGACCACUGGGCUUUAGUCAGCGGACUGCCAACCUACGUUGCAGAGAACGGCUUUAUUUGCAACAUGAUGAACGUGGCUGCAGACGACUUCUUCACUUUCCAGAAAGAGGCUGUGGAUGAGACAGGUUUUGUCAUCAAGAAUGUCCUGUCGCUGCCCAUUGUCAACAAGAAGGAAGAAAUUGUGGGCAUCGCCACUUUCUUCAACAGGAAAGAUGGCAAACCGUUUGAUGAACAUGAUGAACAGAUCACUGAGGCCCUGACACAGUUCUUGGGCUGGUCAGUGCUGAACUGCGACACCUACGACAAGCUGAACCGCAUGGAGUACAGGAAAGACAUUGCCCAGGAGAUGCUCAUGUACCAAACCAGAUGCACCACAGAUGAGCUGCAGUCCAUUCUGAACACCAAAGAGAAGUUUGACGCAGAGCCUGAGGACUGCGACCAGAAAGAGAUGUACAAACUAUUGAAAGCAAACUGCCCGCCAGCUGACAACGUCAACGGAGAGAGUCUGUACCUGUUCUCCUUCAGUGACUUCCCCGUUUCAGAGUUCGACCUCAUCAAAGCUGGCAUUCGCAUGUUCUUUGAGCUCGGAGUUGUUGAAAAGUUUAAAGUUCCCGCAGAGACACUGACCAGGUGGAUGUACACGGUGAGGAAGGGUUACCGUGCAAUCACCUACCACAACUGGAGGCACGGCUUCAACGUAGGCCACACCAUGUUCUGCCUGCUCCAGACAGGGAAGCUGAGGAAGUACUACUCUGAUCUAGAUGCCUUUGCCAUGGUGGCUGCUGCUUUCUGCCAUGAUAUUGACCACAGAGGAACCAACAACCUCUACCAGACAAAGAGCGCAUCUCCUCUGGCCAAACUUCAUGGCUCUUCCAUUAUGGAGAGGCACCACUUGGAGUACAGCAAGACACUCAUGGGAGAGGAGAGCCUGAACAUCUUCUGCAACCUCCAGAAGCGUCAGUUUGAGAAUGUGCAGCACUUGUUUGAUGUCUGCAUCAUUGCCACUGAUCUGGCCCUUUACUUCAAAAAGAGAACCAUGUUCCAAAACAUUGUGAAUGCCACUGAGCCAAUGACAGAUGAAAAGGAGGCCACUGCCUAUGUUUCCAACAACCCUAUCAGGAAGGAAAUCGUCAUGGCCAUGAUGAUGACAGGCUGUGACUUGUCAGCUAUCACCAAACCCUGGGAGGUACAGAGCAAGGUGGCUCUGAUGGUGGCCGCUGAAUUCUGGGAACAGGGAGAUUUAGAGAGAACUGUUUUGGACCAACAACCAAUUCCCAUGAUGGACAGAAACUGUGCCGAACAGCUACCCAAGAUGCAGUGCGGUUUCAUCGACUUUGUGUGCUCAUUUGUAUACAAGGAGUUCUCCAGAUUCCACAAAGAGAUCCAGCCCAUGUUUGAUGGUCUGAACAACAACAGGUCACACUGGAACGAGCUGGCUGAGGUAUACAAUGCAAAGAUGAAGGCCAUCGAGGAUGAGAAGAAGAAACUAGAAGAAGAGGAAGCCAAGAAAGCUGGUGGUGGAGCUUCCGAAGCAGGGAAGUCGAAGACCUGCACCAUCUGCUAA